AUGAAUAGUAUCCCGUUAGGUUAUUGCAAGAAUUCAGAUUUCGAUUUCUCAAAGUGGUUUUGGGGAAAGAGCAUGGGGCGUAGCAGCAGUCAAGCUCUUCUCGACUUGGAAAACAACACUAAAAAUUCCUCUUCUAAAGAAUCAGCGCUUCUUGUUUGCAAAAGUGGCGACGAUGAUUUGUUGAAGAAGAUAGAAGCUGCAAAAACUAAAGCUAAUGCACCUCCUGAUACCAAACCCCUCAUUGCUGCUCCUCCUCCUAGCCAAGUUAUGGGAAAAUUGAAGGACUUUUUAGGAGUCAUGGCAGAGUCAAACAAGAAGUUGCAGAUAGAUGCAAUGAGCUCCAAAAACUAUGAUAUUGAGGCACUCACAGGGGAUGAAUCAGAAUACAUUGAAAUGGAUCUAAUGCUUGGUGUUGCGGAUCUUCACACUCCAGAAGCUGUUGCUGCAGCUGAAUCUGCUAUUCUUGGUAAUCAACCAGUCAUCUCCCUUGAUGCUAGUAGUACCGAAUCGGAAUCAGAAUCGGAAUCGGAAUCUGAAUCGGAAUCGGAAUCGGAAGAUACCAGUGAUGAUGACGACGACAGUUGUAGUGAUUCUGAGAAUGAUGACAAUCAUGAAACUAAAAAGUCAAAAUCCAAAAUUCUUAAUGAUAAAAAACCAAAAAACACAACAUCUGAAAAUGACAAAAAAAGUAAACGACCAAAGAUCGUUGAGCUUUCAUAGUCAAAAUUCAGAAUAAAGGCAAGAAAGUGUAAUUUGUUGGUUGAAUGUUGCUUGUAGCAUAUGCAUGAAACAUUUGUUUGGAUUUAAAUAUAUUUAGUCACUUAAUAUAUUUAUAUUUUGUGUUUUGAGACAGG